AUGAAUCUGGAACACCGCAUCAAGGCCUAUCGUUUCGUCACUUAUUCUGCCGUCACAUUCUCGGUAGUGGCCGUGAUCUCAGUAUGCACGACAUUGCCGAUGGUAUACAACUAUGUGCAUCACGUUAAGCGACUCAUGCACAAUGAAAUCAACUUCUGUAAGGACUCAGCGCGGGAUAUCUGGUCAGAAGUUGGGCAACUCAAAACUAUUUCACAACGCUCGAAUAGGACGGCAAGGCAGGCCGGCAGUUGUCAAGCGUGCUGCACUGGUGGGCAAGCUGGUCCACCAGGAAUGCCUGGGAAUCCUGGACGGCCAGGAAAUCCUGGAGCACCUGGUAUUCCCGGACCACCUGGGCCUGUUGGACCGCCAGGAGAGCCUGGAACACCCGGAAACCCUGGGGCACCAGGAAACGACGCACAGCCAGGACCACCCGGACCGAAGGGACCUCCUGGACCACCUGGCAAAGCAGGAACGCCUGGUGGAGCAGGACAACCUGGUGCAAACGCCCAGUCAGAGCCUCUUGUUCCCGGACCACCUGGCCCUCCAGGACCCACUGGACCACAAGGACCACCCGGACCGAAUGGAGCACCUGGACAUCCUGGCACACCAGGAACUCCUGGAGAGAAAGGUCCCCGUGGACAGGAUGGUCAACCAGGAGCGCCAGGAAAUGCCGGACAUCCCGGACAACCAGGUCAACCUGGACCACCAGGAGAGCGCGGUGUCUGCCCGAAAUACUGCUCAAUCGAUGGCGGUGUAUUCUUCGAAGAUGGAACUCGUCGUUAA